GUUUUAUCUUCAUGGGGGACGUCAUCCACCGGAUGCUGACGGCCACGCAGUACGUCGCACCCCUCAUGGCCAACUUCAACCCCAGCUACUCCCGCAACUCCACCAUCCCUGUGCCGGUGCUGCAGAUCAGUGCCUCCCAGCACCCCGUGAAAGCCGGCCUCUCCGAUGCCUUCAUGAUCCUCAACCCCUCUCCCGACGUGCCUGCUUGUCUCCAGCACCAGAGCUGUGAAACCUGUGUGACCUCGGAGCUGACCUUCAACUGCAGCUGGUGCCACGUCCUGCAGAGAUGUUCCAGUGGCUUUGACCGAUACCGUGAGGAGUGGCUGUCCUACGGCUGUGGCCAGGAGUCAGAUGAGAAGACUUGUGAGGAUUUAGCAGAAGGCGACCGCUAUUCGGCGUCUCCUGGCAGCUCUUUCUCGCCGCUGGAUGAGGACGUCACCACCUCCACGUCCUCGCUCUUCAUCGACAGCCUCACUACAGAAGAUGAUACGAAGCUCAAUCAGUAUGCAGGAAGCGAAGGUGUGGGAAGCAGGCUUCCUUCCAAGAAAGCGGGUGCCCCGAUUCACACUGGCACUAUCGUGGGGAUCGUUCUGGCUGUGGUGCUCAUUGCAGCUAUAAUCCUUGCUGGAAUUUACGUUAACAGCCACCCCACCUCCAACGCUGCCCUCUUCUUCAUUGAGCGAAGGCCACAUCACUGGCCUGCCAUGAAAUUCCGAAAUCACACCAACCACGCGACGUACUCAGAGGUGGAGCCAGCCAGCCAGGAGAAGGAGGGCUUUGUCGAAGCAGAACAGUGCUGA